UAGAUGGAAUCUAUCCAAUUUUUACCGUAUAAAUAAUAAUGAUUGGGUGGAAAUGCAUAAAGUCUUUUUCUUUUUUUGGUGGAAAUAUCGAAUUUACUUUCCCAGCAAAAGCGUGGUUGCUCUUGUCCGUUUCCAUCGAGUUUCAUCCUAUAGAUCUUUUCCGCGCAUUUCAUUCGUCAGCAACCUGAGAAUCUUCACCAGACACAGGGAUCCUCUUUUUCGUUCCAAGAUUCUUUCGAGCUAUUUAUUCACUCUUGCGGUUGCAGUGUACAAGCGGCCUUUUGGGACAGGAGCAAUGCAGUAGGUGUUGAGCAAGAUAGUCCUGGCAGAAGAGAUAUAGUUUGGAGAUUUGCAAUAGAAAAGCUCUACUUAAUGUCCUGAAAAAUGGCAGUUUUCCGCUUGCUGGUUUCGAGGAUCUCAUCUAGCAUGAGAGUUUGUCCGUCUGUACAGUUUUGGAUGACCAAAUCAAACAGAAAGGAAAGGUUAUAACAAGCAUUAAUUGGCAUCACUUCUUUAUCAGUACAGUGCCGACUCUACCUUUAAGUUUUUCAGACAGUUCUAAGGUGUCUGCUAGGCACACAACUUGGCGAGAACUUUUUGAUAUGAGUGCAGAUUCUCACAUGUGUCGCUCUGAUGGUGAUGCACGUAUUAAGCCUCUUUCUCUGAGGAGUUACCAAGUUGUAGUGGCUGCAACUCGUGAUCUUGGUAUUGGAAAAGAUGGCAAGUUACCAUGGAGGUUGCCUUCUGAUCUUAAAUUCUUCAAGGAGAUUACGGUAACUACUACAGAUCCUGUGAAGAGGAAUGCAGUUGUCAUGGGAAGGAAAACUUGGGAAAGUAUUCCUCCACAAUUUCGACCUCUGCCUGGUCGUCUCAACAUUGUGCUGACUCGUUCAGGGAGCCUUGGCCCUGCUAUUGAUGAUAAUGUUGUCUGUUGUGGGAGCAUUUCAUCUGCUUUAGAAUUGCUUGCAGAAUCUCCAUAUUGUUCCUCAGUAGAAAAAGUUUUUGUAAUAGGAGGUGGACAAAUACUAAGGGAAGCGCUUAAUGCACCGGAAUGUGAAGCCAUACACAUGACUGUAAUUGAGGCAGACAUUGAAUGUGACGCUUUUAUUCCUCCAGUUGAUGGUUCACUAUUCCAGCCCUGGUACUCUUCCCCACCUACAGUAGAAAAUAACAUCCGGCACUGCUUUGUGACAUAUGUUCGUGUGAUGAGUUCUGCAGUUGAGCCUGUUGAUUUGCACCAGCGGGCAAAGUCUAAUAGGAGUUCAGAUUCCAAGAGGUUCAAUGUUUCAAGUUUUUCUUUCUUGCCAAAGACUGUCUUUGAGAAGCAUGAUGAGUUUUUGUAUUUGAGAUUGGUUCAAGAUAUUAUUGCCACUGGCAACCACAAAGAUGACCGAACUGGAACUGGUACCCUUUCGAAAUUUGGUUGCCAGAUGCGAUUUAACUUGCGUAGAUCUUUUCCGCUUCUUACUACUAAGAGAAUAUUCUGGCAAGGUGUUGUCGAAGAGCUUCUAUGGUUCAUCAGUGGUUCAACAAAUGCAAAGGUUCUACAGGAGAAGGGAAUUCAUAUAUGGGAUGGCAAUGCAUCCAGAGAAUACCUUGACAGUAUUGGCCUGGAAGACAGAGAAGUGGGUGAUUUAGGACCUAUCUAUGGGUUUCAGUGGAGACACUUUGGUGCCCGAUACACUGGUAUGCAUGCCGACUAUAAAGGCCAAGGAUUCGAUCAGUUGUUAGAUGUCAUUGAUAGGAUAAAGAAAAACCCCAACGAUAGGCGUAUUGUUCUUUCUGCCUGGAAUCCUUCUGAUUUGAAGUUGACGGCUUUACCACCUUGUCACAUGUUUGCACAGUUUUAUGUGGCAAAUGGGGAACUAUCCUGUCAAAUGUAUCAACGCUCUGCAGAUAUGGGCCUUGGCGUGCCAUUUAAUAUAGCAUCUUACGCUCUUUUGACAUGCAUGAUUGCUCAUGUCUGUGGCCUUGUUCCUGGUGACUUCAUCCAUAUAAUAGGAGAUGCUCAUGUUUACAAGACUCAUGUUGUUCCUCUUCAAGAACAGCUUCAGAAAUUUCCUAAACCUUUCCCAAUUUUGAAGAUCAAUCCGGAGAAAAAAGACAUAGAUUCAUUUGUUGCGACUGACUUUGAGCUGAUAGGCUAUGAUCCUCAUCAGAAGAUAGAAAUGAGAAUGGCAGUAUAGUUUCACACUAAAGGAGCUUCUGGAGGUAUUCGUAACAGAGGCAUGACCUGUUCAUAAGUUAAUUUCGAUUCACGGCGAUGGCGGAUAAUUUUGGAGAUAAAGAGCAAUAUUCGAACUUGGAACAGGAUUCUUUGUAUCAUGGAGACGCUAUAGGUUCAACUUUUCUUGGUAGCUAGCAGGAGUGAAGUUACAUGUUUUGCAAAGGUGCUCUAUCCUUUACUUUGAAGAUCAAAAUCUAGUGCUUUAAAGUGUUUAUUAAAAUAAAUAAAAAAAAGACACUGUAAUAACAUAAAAGUUCAGCGAAUUUAUAGUUUAAUGGUAUGUUAAGCUGCAUAAACAGAUUCAACUCAGAAAGGCUAACAACCUAUAAGGUAGGCUAAUGACAUCUAGCGAACCAACUUCUAGUCCCUUCACUUUGAAGUCUUCAGCUGUUGUUCUCCUUCAUCUGGAGGUGUGUGACAAGGCUCUGCAAUGCAGUAUUUGCGUUGUCACUCGUCAUCAGCUCUCCUGCAAUUUCUGCUGGUGUUGCCUGGACUUUCAACAGCAGCUCUUCAAUUUCCCCAAAUAGAUUGUGUUCCUCUAUCUUUAGAUAAUUAUGAGCAAGUGUUUUGAAACCACUAAAAGUGCAGUAGGACAUCUCAAUCUGCACAUCCAUUCGACCAGGUCUCAGCAUGGCUGGAUCCAGUCUAUCUUUGUGGUUGGUGGUGAACACUAUGAUUCUCUGGUCUCCCCGACUGGACCAUAAGCCAUCAACAAAGUUGAGCAGUCCAGAUAGGGUAAUCUGCACAAGACAUAACCAGGGAAGAUCAAAUACAUAUGAUUAGUUACAUUCACACUUUAAGAGCUUAUCAUUUACUGAUAAUGAAUGGAUGCAUGACUUGUGUCAAACUAACAUUGUCAUCCUCAAAUUCUCCAUCAUGAUAUUCCCUGCUCUUUAAUCCAACGUUGCAAUCAAUGUCUUCUAUAACAAGUAUGGACCGAUUGGCCGACCCAAUCAACAACCUCCUCAAAUCUGAAUCACAUUGCACUUGUGCCAGAUGCAGGUCAUAGAUAUCAAACCUGAGAUAAUUAGCCAUAGCUGCCACCAAACUUGACUUCCCCGUACCAGGUGGUCCAUGGAACAAAUAUCCACGUUUCCAAGCCUUGCCAACUCUCCUGUAAUAGUCCUUCCUGCUUAUGAAUCUAUCAAGAUCCUCUAUAAGCUCCUUCUUUUUCUCUGGAUCCAUUGCUAGUGUAUCAAAAGUUGCUGGAUGAUUUAGGGCCACUGAACUCCAAUAGUCGGUGCCAGCAUAAUCAACUGUGUGUAGCCUCACCACCCUCAUCUCGUCCCUGAUCUCCUUAGCUUUCUUUAGGAUAUGUGGCAAGUAAGUUUCCAACACCAUCUCCUUGUGUUUCUUAUGGAAACUCAACUCGAGAUAUCGCAAUUCUGACCUCGGCUUUAGCCUCAUGUCAGCAUGACUAGGUUGAUUAACAGGGGUACAAUGCAGGAUCCAUUUUAGCUCAACUCCUUCAAAAGACUUGAGGAUUUCUUGAUUUUUAUCAACGGUGACAGCAAAUCUUGGUGCCUUUCUCACACUUGCUCACCUUGAUCCUCUGAGUUGAAGGGGAGAUCUUGGUGCCUAGGUAUAGAUUGGCUGCCUCGUACAGUUUAUUCAAUGUAAGCCCAUCAAACUCUUCUAUGACAACGGUGAGGUGGGGGAACAGGAAGCUGGAGAGCUUCCGGAAACGCGACGAGAAGCAGUUCUGGAACUCGCCAGGGACAAGGUCGUUCAAGGUUCUGAUGAGAACAAUGGUGGCCGUGAUGGAAGUGGCCGCAGAUAAAAUAGCAGCUGGUGAUGGCAAAGAUUCAUGUGAAAAGCCAUCAACUUUUUCCUCUGUUUUUUUUUUUUUUGGCCCGAGCUAGUAGGUGUUGUGUGUGUAUUUGUGAAAAGGGUUCAGAAACUUGAGAGCUCUGACGGUGGAGGAUGGUGAAACUUGGGAAGCAUCAGACGCUAGUUUAUUAUACAGGUGGAAGUGGGGAGAGUCCUCCGCACACGCGAGCAAUUCGUCGUUUGUUGAGGAGACAAUUCCAAACCGAAAAAAAAAAUAAAAAAAAUAGUGGAGUCCGAUGCAUAUUGUUCUUGUUUGCAUUUGAAGGGCAAGCUUUUAUCAUCGGCGAGGAUCUCUCCUCUUCCUGCUUAUGAUUUUAUGUUCAGAACUUUUAAGGCCGACCGACUUCUGUAGGGCCUCGUUUGCCCCUUGAGCAAGAAAUACACGACACCACCAGGUUCUAGAAAGUCGUGCCGCCGCCUCUCCCUUGUGUACUAUCAAUUUCAACUUCUUCAUUUACUGUUCUAACCUUUAUUUCUGUUCUUGUCAUGCGAUAAAAUUCUUGGAGAAA